AGGGAUUUCUCUGCAGAUUGGAGGAGCUAGAUAGACGGCAGAGUGAGUCUGAGGGAGACCGAGAGAGCGAGGGGGAUCUCUGAGGCACCGUUCGGAGGGCAUUGUCUCCUUGGGCUGAUUGUGUAAGGUUUCGUUCACAAUGAAAGCAACGCCACAGGCUGAGGGGAAUGGCUUGUGAAUUAUCCCAGUCCUGCCACCUGCAGUCGGGCAUCCUCCUCCUCCUCUGAAGGACGUCAGUUGUUUAUGGGAACUACUGGCAUUGGUCUCCUGAGGAUAUAGCUCUCCUUUUGGGACGCCAUUUUUCCACCCUUGCUGAGACGCGGUGUAGCCAGGAGACAUGGCUAACAACUCAUACAGCGGGGUGAAGAACUCUGUGGCCGAGCCCAAUCACGAUGGAGAGUUUGGCUGCUCGCUUAAAGAGCUGCGCUCUCUCAUGGAACUGCGAGGGGCUGAAGGAUUACACAAAAUCCAGGAAACUUAUGGGGACGUUAAUGGACUUUGCAACAGACUGAAAACAUCGCCCGUAGAUGGAUUAAGUGGGCAGCCUGCAGAUAUUGAAAAAAGAAAAGUAGCAUUUGGACAGAACUUUAUACCUCCGAAAAAGCCAAAAACCUUUCUUCAGUUAGUAUGGGAAGCAUUACAAGACGUAACAUUGAUUAUUUUGGAAGUGGCAGCAAUAGUUUCUUUAGGCCUUUCUUUUUAUAAACCUCCGGAUUCAGAAAAUAGAAAUUGCGGGAAUGCAGCGGGUGGAAUAGAGGAUGAAGGAGAAGCUGAGGCUGGAUGGAUAGAAGGAGCAGCUAUCCUCCUAUCUGUUGCUUGCGUGGUGCUCGUGACGGCCUUCAAUGACUGGAGCAAAGAGAAGCAGUUCCGUGGCUUACAGAGCCGCAUUGAACAAGAGCAGAAGUUUAUGAUGGUUCGGGGAGGGCAAGUCAUUCCGAUCCCUGUGGCCGAGAUUGUCGUAGGGGACAUUGCACAAAUUAAAUAUGGUGACCUCCUGCCUGCUGAUGGCAUUCUCAUCCAGGGCAAUGACCUCAAAAUAGAUGAAAGCUCUUUAACUGGAGAGUCUGACCAUGUGAAGAAAUCGAUGGAAAAAGAUUCUGUGCUGCUGUCAGGUACUCAUGUCAUGGAGGGCUCUGGAAAAAUGGUUGUCACUGCUGUCGGAGUUAAUUCCCAAACUGGAAUAAUCUUUACGUUAUUGGGGGCGGGAGAAGAUGAUGAGGAUGAGGAGGAGAAGAAGAAAGAGAGAAAGAAAGAGAAGAAAAAUAAAAAGCAGGAUGGCUCUGUGGAGAACAGAAAGAAAGCUAAAGCCCAGGAUGGUGCCGCAAUGGAGAUGCAACCUCUAAACAGUGAUGAAGGGGCUGAGGGUGAAGAGAAGAAAAAAGCCAACUUGCCAAAGAAAGAGAAAUCAGUUUUGCAAGGGAAACUGACCAAAUUAGCGGUCCAAAUUGGAAAAGCAGGUCUGGUGAUGUCAGCCAUCACAGUGAUCAUCUUGGUGGUGCUGUUCGUGGUGGACACUUUCUGGAUCCAGGGAAUUCCUUGGGAAAAAGAGUGCACUCCCAUUUACAUCCAGUUCUUUGUCAAGUUCUUUAUCAUCGGUGUUACCGUGCUGGUGGUGGCCGUCCCUGAGGGUCUUCCUCUAGCUGUAACCAUCUCGCUGGCUUACUCUGUCAAAAAAAUGAUGAAAGACAAUAAUUUGGUGAGGCAUCUUGAUGCCUGUGAAACUAUGGGCAAUGCCACAGCCAUCUGUUCGGAUAAAACGGGGACUCUGACUAUGAACCGGAUGACAGUUGUUCAGGUUUUUAUCGCUGACAAGCACUACAAGAAAGUCCCUGAGCCCAAUGCCAUUCCUGCCAGCACCAUGGACCUGCUCAUACUGGGCGUCAGUGUCAACUGUGCUUACACCACCAAAAUCAUGGUGAGUCCCUAGGCAAUGGCCUCUGAGGGCUUGAGGACCAUCUGCCUGGCUUACAGGGACUUUCCUGCCUCUGAAGGUGAACCAGACUGGGAUAAUGAGAGUGAUAUCCUGACCAGGCUCACCUGUGUGUGUGUCGUGGGCAUUGAAGACCCAGUUAGACCAGAGGUCCCUGAUGCCAUUAGAAAGUGCCAGCGUGCUGGAAUCACGGUGCGCAUGGUCACCGGGGACAAUCUUAACACUGCCCGUGCUAUAUCAACUAAAUGUGGCAUCCUGCAGCCAGGAGAUGACUUUCUUUGCUUGGAGGGCAAAGAGUUCAACCGCCGGAUCCGUAAUGAAAAGGGAGAGAUUGAACAAGAGCGGAUUGACAAAAUAUGGCCUAAACUCCGGGUGCUGGCGAGAUCUUCACCGACAGACAAGCAUACACUAGUCAAAGGUAUAAUUGACAGCACUGUUUUGGAGCGGAGGCAGGUUGUGGCAGUAACGGGAGACGGCACCAAUGAUGGCCCUGCCUUAAAAAAGGCCGAUGUUGGGUUUGCUAUGGGCAUUGCCGGCACAGAUGUGGCUAAAGAAGCCUCCGAUAUCAUUCUCACUGACGACAACUUCAGCAGCAUCGUCAAGGCCGUCAUGUGGGGGCGGAACGUGUAUGACAGCAUUUCAAAAUUCCUCCAGUUCCAGCUCACCGUCAAUGUGGUGGCUGUGAUCGUGGCCUUCACUGGAGCUUGCAUCACACAGGACUCUCCUUUGAAAGCUGUACAGAUGUUAUGGGUAAAUCUGAUUAUGGACACAUUUGCCUCUUUGGCCUUGGCCACUGAACCCCCCACUGAAUCACUUCUGCUGAGGAAGCCUUACGGCCGUAAUAAACCCCUCAUCUCCCGGACAAUGAUGAAGAACAUUUUGGGUCAUGCGGUCUACCAGCUCACUAUCAUCUUCACUCUACUUUUUGCUGGUGAAAAGAUGUUCGACAUUGACAAUGGACGUUACGCCCCUCUUCACGCUCCUCCCUCUGAGCACUACACCAUUGUCUUCAACACCUUUGUGAUGAUGCAGCUGUUCAAUGAAAUCAACGCACGGAAGAUCCACGGGGAACGAAAUGUUUUUGAAGGCAUUUUUAACAACAUGAUCUUCUGUUCCAUCGUCUUUGGGACUUUUGUUAUUCAGAUUGUGAUAGUGCAAUUUGGAGGAAAGCCAUUCAGCUGUGUGGGGCUGAGCAUUGAGCAGUGGCUAUGGUGCAUCCUCUUGGGUUUUGGGUGUCUACUAUGGGGACAGAUCAUCUCCUCGAUCCCAACGAGCCGGCUGAAGUUCCUGAAGACUGCUGGUCAUGGAACGCAGAAGGAAGAAAUCCCAGACGAGGAGUUGGAGGAGCUGGAGGACCUGGAUGAAAUCGAUCAUGCAGAGCGCGAGCUCCGCAGGGGGCAGAUCCUCUGGUUCAGAGGCCUGAAUCGCAUUCAGACUCAGAUGGAUGUUGUGAGUGCGUUCCAGAGCGGAAUUUCCUUUCAGGCGGCCGUCAGGCGCCAGCCCUCCAGCACCAGCCAACAGCACGAUAUCCGAGUGGUGAAUGCAUUCCGCAGCUCGCUGUCGCCCUAUGAGGGCCUGGAGAAGCCGGAAUCUCGCACCUCCAUCCACAACUUCAUGACCCAUCCGGAGUUCCGGAUAGAGGACUCUGAGCCCCACAUCCCCCUCAUCGACGACACUGACGCGGAGGACGACGCACCAACUAAGAGAAACGCCACACCCACGCCGCCUCCCCCACCCUCGCCCAAUCAGAACAAUAACGCCGUAGACAGCGGCAUCCACCUCUUCCUGGAUCCCAGCAAGCCAGCCACACCCUCAGCUCCCGGGAGCCCCAUGCACAGCCUAGAGACGUCCCUUUGAUCAGCUCCGCCCCUCGCUACGACACACAACACCUGCUCUUCCCCACAGAGACUAAAGCCUGGAGAACUCAUUGGAUGAGAGGGGCGGAGCCAUGGAGCUCUCGGGAGCUUAGCUCUUAGCUUUUGCUUCUCUUUAUCUGGAUGUUGUACAUUUGCUCUUUUUGCCCUUUGCUUAUUCAAACUAAUUUCUGCAUCAUUUGGCUGUUAAUAUUUUGAAUUAUUUGUUUUGUUUUUUUGUGGAAGACACAUGUCUGUUUACAAAGUUUGUAGAUACUUUUUUUCCCCCUUCUGUUCGUUGGUGGAAGAGCUUCCUGAUGCAGAGAAAUAUUUCAGAUACUGCUGUAUUUUCAGGAAAAAAGGGUGUUUCUAUGGAAACCAAACUAUUUUUGCCUGCAAGUUUUUAUUUGUUAUAUAUUUGUAGAUACAUAGAACCUUCAAGCCAAAUAGAUAACACUAAGGCUUGUAUAGCAGUGAUCAGAGGUAUUGAGGUCCAUGGGAGGGUUUUUCUUUGGACGGAUGAGGGGAGGGAGCCAUUAACGAGGAUCUCUGUCCAUAAAUCUCCUCUCAUACUUACUACUUCACCCCUUAAAAGUCAUCGUUGGGUUUAUUUUAAGUUCCAAGAGUUCCGAGUUUCAUGUCUCAUUCUCGUUUGGAAGUUAAGGAGUAUCUGAAAUGGCUGGAGCUGGAGUCUUCACGCUUUUAAUGGUGUGAUUUUGAAGUGGAGGCUGCACCAGGUCCGCCUUUAAA